AUGGGUGCGUCCUUCCUGGUGGCCUCCAGGCUGAACCCUGGGGGCAUUUGUGGUGGUGUGGAGGAGCCUGUGGGCUCCUUGGAACCCCUGCCCGAAUAUGUCCAUUGGGACCCCAGACUUUCUGUGCUCCCAGAGCUCAUGAAGCAGCUGAUGUGCUCAGAGGACCUGGUAGGUGCCAGGCAUUUCCUGUGGGACACUGGUGAUUGCAAAGCUGGGACCGGUCCUCCCGCAGGAGUGAACUUGCUGGACACGUCCACCAUCCACGGAGACUGGGGCUGGCUCACAUAUCCGGCUCACGGGUGGGACUCCAUCAACGAGGUGGACGAGUCCUUCCAGCCCAUCCACACGUACCAGGUCUGCAACGUCAUGAGCCCCAACCAGAACAACUGGCUCCGCACGAGCUGGGUGCCCCGCGACGGCGCCCGGCGCGUCUACGCCGAGAUCAAGUUCACCCUGCGUGACUGCAACAGCAUGCCCGGCGUGCUGGGCACCUGUAAGGAGACCUUCAACCUCUACUACCUGGAGUCGGACCGUGACCUGGGCGCCAGCACGCAAGAAAGCCAGUUCCUCAAAAUCGACACCAUCGCAGCCGACGAGAGCUUCACGGGUGCUGACCUGGGCGUGCGGCGCCUCAAGCUGAACACGGAGGUGCGCGGCGUGGGCCCCCUCAGCAAGCGCGGCUUCUACCUGGCCUUCCAGGACAUCGGCGCGUGCCUCGCCAUCCUGUCUCUCCGCAUCUAUUACAAGAAGUGCCCCACUAUGGUGCGCAACCUGGCGGCCUUCUCGGAGGCGGUGACGGGUGCCGACUCGUCCUCGCUGGUGGAGGUGCGGGGCCAGUGCGUGCGGCACUCCGAGGAGCGGGACACGCCCAAGAUGUACUGCAGCGCUGAGGGCGAGUGGCUGGUGCCCAUCGGCAAGUGCGUGUGCAGCGCUGGCUACGAGGAGCGGCGGGAUGCCUGUGAGGGUGAGCGGGCCGUGUGGGGGCGGCCAGCGGGCCUGGGGCUCAGUCCGGGAGGGGGCUGCCUGGCUACGGGGGGGCAUUGCGGGCAGCACGCGCUGGGGGGCAACAGCAUCUGGGAAGAGGGGUGA